UUAAAAGAUUGGUUCAUCUUUGCCUGUUCCUCUGCCUCAUUGCUCUGUUUCUUCGUCUUCUGGUUCUUCUUCACAUCAUAAUGAAAAAGAAAAAUUGUUCUUCUUCAACGCCCUCGUUCAUGCUCUCAAUAAUCUUCAUUGUGUUAUUCGUCUCCUUCGUACCCAUCACAAUGUUACUCCACCGACAGCGUCAGCACCAACAGCAUCUUUUCUCUCUCACCAUUCAGCUUCAUCGACUCAACUCAAAGCUUUCACUUUUAGAAUCCUCCAUUGAGAAGAUUAACCAUGAAUUGCAGAGUAAGGAGGAUGAUGUUGCUCAAAUGGAGAAUGUGAUUUUGGAGCAAGAAAAUAUUGCACCCAUAAAGAAUACGAUGGAUUCUAUUCAGCCAAAAGGUUCCGAAGAAGGCGAGACGAGGGGACUAGAUUCUCCAGAUAUUGAGCCUGAGAAGCAGGAUUUUCAAGGUUGGCUUCCUGAGUAUCAAGAUGUCAACUUAAGUCAUUUUCAGUCUUUCAUAUUGGCUGAGUGGAACAACUAUUGGAGGCCAAACUUGGACAAAUGCUUUCAAAUGAUCUUCUUGAAAAUGUCUCAAGUGCUAAGGGAUGCUGGCCUUUGCAUUGAAAUGGUUAAGACUGAGUGGAUGCCAUUCUUGAAGAAUCAAGUGUGUACAUUCAAAUCCAAUCUUAAGUCUCACUAUGAUAUUCUAAGUGCUGAAACUGUUGAGGCCUAUAAAGCGUCCAAGAACAUUUUACUAUCAAAUUUUGUGAAGUUGCAAAGAGCAGCCACCCCCUUCAUGCAGGAACUGAUACCAGUUUUGAAGCCUCAUGUGCUGAAUUUCAUGUAUAAUCUCAAGUCUUACUUUGACUUUAUAAGUUCUCAAGCUGAGAUGUACAAUUAUGCUAAGCCUUAUAUGAAUCAAAUUGCAACCAUGGCCAAGAUUUACUUUGAUACAACACUUGUGAUCCUUGGAAUUAUAAUCAAGAAAAUCAUUACACUAUUUCAUGACUUGCGGAAUGGCUGA